UCAGGUUUAGUUGUCCCUUGUUGCUAUCCGUCCGUAUCCUACGAACUAGCCUCCUGCUUAGAAAUGGCUGAAGCUCCCCCACGGCCCUGCCGGUUUUUUUGUCACCGGUGUUCCGCAGAAAUCAGCCCGCGCCUACCGGACUACACCUGUCCACGCUGUGAUUCAGGUUUCAUUGAGGAGCUUUCUGAGGAAAGAAGUACUGAUAAUGGGUCCGCAUCCACGUCCUCCAGCAGCGAUCAGAACCGCCCAGCCUUUGAGAGCAUGGAUCACCAACAAUUGUUCACAUUCCCCUCUGGGUACGGUCCAUUUGCACUUGGGAUUUUCGAUGAAAACUUCGACCUUCGAACGCGGCUACCCACAGAGGACAACAGAGAGACAGAAAACAGGAGGGAAAGGGAAAUGGCAUCGCGGCAACGAUACAGUGCACGGCAACCGCGGGGUCGACAUGUUCCUCGAAGACAGGGUACGCGCCAUGAAGGAGUGCCCACAUUAGAGGGGAUUAUUCAGCAGUUAGUAAAUGGAAUAAUAGCACCUACCGCCAUGCCAAAUAUGGGGAUGGGACCAUGGGGUAUGCUACAUUCUAAUCCAAUGGAUUACGCGUGGGGAGCCAAUGGACUUGAUGCUAUCAUUACACAGUUAUUGAACCAGUUUGAAAACACGGGCCCGCCUCCUGCAGACAGGGAACGGAUAAAGAGUUUACCCACAGUGACCAUCACAGAGGAACAUGUGGGUGCUUGUUUAGAGUGCCCUGUGUGCAAAGAAGACUACAGCGUGGAGGAGAAUGUUAGACAGCUGCCUUGCAAUCAUCUGUUUCACAAUGCCUGUAUAGUGCCAUGGCUGGAACAGCAUGAUACCUGUCCUGUCUGCAGGAAGAGUCUAAGUGGACAGAACACGGCCACAGACCCACCCGGGUUAUCAGGAAUGAGCUUCUCUCCUUCAUCCUCCUCCUCUUCCUCCCCUAGCUCUCCUAACAAUGAGAAUGCUGCCAGAAACUCUUAGAUUUUCCACCGUCACCACACAUCUGAAAAACUCACAAAUGAAGCCAAGCGAGACGCAGCGGCUCCGAGCUGAGACCAGGGCAGUGGUCCGUCUCAUCUCUAGGGGACGAUGUGAGUCGAGUUGAACUCUGAAUCUGUUGCAGACUUUAAGUCGUCAUUCCUCCCCCUGUGCUGAACGGACGCCCGGUCCAGAGCCUGCUGCUAUUGUUUCCGAGUAUUUGAGGAGGUGGGACGGGGUGAUGUGGAAGGAGGAUCCAGAAAGGCUGUCACCAUAACAAUAAGAACUGGAGCGAAGUUUGAGCGGGCAGCUUUUUGACGGAGACUUGUCGAGUCUGGGGCACAUUUUUUAUUCAAAAGACAGAAUGCAACUUUUUUUAAAGCCUGUGGUGGUGCCGAGUGCAUAGAUGUGUAGAUAGAGAAUUUGAUAUAAUUGGUCAGCUGCUGUACAGCUCGUGGAUCAAACUGAAACUUUGUGGAAAGGAAGCUGAGUGAUGCACUUUUUAUUUAUUUUUUUGCACCUUUUUUUCUUCUUUUUCUUUUGCACACAAUUGUGUCUAAUGGUGGGAAUGUGGAUUUGGGUAAACUACUGAACAAAAAAACAAAA